UUUGAGCUGGUGGAGGUGGUCGGAAAUGGAACCUACGGACAAGUGUACAAGGGCCGUCACGUGAAGACGGGCCAGCUGGCCGCCAUCAAGGUGAUGGAUGUCACCGAGGAGGAAGAAGAGGAGAUCAAAGCAGAAAUCAACAUGUUGAAAAAGUACAGCCAUCACCGCAACAUCGCCACGUACUACGGUGCCUUUGUCAAGAAGAGUCCGCCGGGACACGAUGACCAGCUCUGGGUCCGUCUUUCCCCUCGUUCGUCUGACUCUUCAGCU